AUGGGAACCCGAGUGCUUGUAAUUGGCAGUGGAGCAAGGGAACAUGCUCUGGCCUGGAAACUUGCACAGUCUAAUCAUGUAAAAGAAGUGUUGGUUGCUCCAGGAAAUGCCGGCACUGCCUGCUUUGAAAAGAUUUCAAAUGCUGCUAUCUCAAUCAGCGAUCACAUUGUCCUUGCUCAAUUCUGUAAAGAUGAGAAAAUUGAAUUUGUAGUUGUUGGACCAGAGGCACCUCUGGCUGCUGGAAUUGUUGGGAACUUGACAUCUGCAGGUGUGCGAUGCUUUGGCCCUACCGCAGAAGCAGCUCAGUUAGAGGCCAGCAAAAGGUUUGCCAAAGAGUUUAUGGAUCGACACGGAAUCCCCACUGCAAAAUGGAGAGCAUUCACCAAACCUGAAGAGGCCUGCAGCUUCAUCGUGAGUGCAGACUUCCCAGCUUUGGUUGUGAAGGCCAGUGGUCUUGCUGCUGGGAAAGGGGUGAUUGUUGCAAAGAGCAAAGAAGAGGCCUGCAAAGCUGUACAGGAGAUCAUGCAGGACAAAGCUUUUGGAGAAGCUGGAGAAACAGUUGUCAUUGAAGAACUUCUUGAAGGAGAAGAGGUGUCUUGUCUGUGUUUCACUGAUGGACGAACUGUGGCCCCCAUGCCCCCAGCACAAGACCAUAAGCGAUUGCUGGAGGGAGAUCUCGGCCCCAACACAGGAGGCAUGGGAGCCUAUUGUCCAACACCACAGGUUUCUAAGGAUUUGUUACUAACAAUUAAAAAUACCAUUCUUCAGAGAACAGUGGAUGGCAUGCAUAAAGAGGGUACUCCGUACACAGGUAUUUUGUAUGCUGGUAUAAUGCUGACCAAGUAUGGGCCAAAAGUUCUGGAGUUUAAUUGCCGUUUUGGUGACCCAGAGUGCCAAGUAAUCCUCCCACUUCUUAAAAGUGAUCUUUAUGAAGUUAUCCAGUCCACCUUAGAUGGCCUUCUCUGCACAGCUUUGCCCAUUUGGCUGGAAAACUGCACUGCCAUCACUGUUGUCAUGGCAAGUAAAGGCUAUCCUGGAGACUACACCAAGGGUGUGGAGAUCACAGGGUUUCCUGAAGCUCAAGCAUUAGGACUGGAGGUAUUCCAAGCAGGCACUGCUCUGAAAGAUGGCAAAGUGGUGACUAAUGGGGGUAGAGUCCUUACAGUAACAGCCGUACGGGAAAAUCUUCUGUUAGCACUUGAACAAGCCAAGAAGGGACUGGCUGCUAUAAACUUUGAGGGAGCCAUUUAUAGGAAAGAUAUUGGCUAUCGUGCCAUAGCCUUCCUUCAGCAGCCCAGGGGUCUGACUUACAAGGAAACUGGGGUAGAUAUUGCAGCUGGAAAUAUGCUGGUCAAGAAAAUUAAGCCUUUAGCAAGAGCCACUUCCAGACCAGGCUGUGAAGUUGAUCUUGGAGGUUUUGCUGGUCUUUUUGAUUUGAAAGCAGCUGGUUUCAAAGAUCCUCUUCUGGCCUCUGGAACAGAUGGUGUUGGGACUAAACUGAAGAUUGCUCAGCUGUGCAAUAAGCAUGAUACCAUUGGUCAAGAUUUGGUUGCAAUGUGUGUAAAUGAUAUUCUGGCACAAGGAGCAGAGCCCCUCUUCUUCCUUGACUAUUUUGCCUGUGGAAAACUCGACCUCAAUACAACGGAAGCUGUUGUUGCUGGUAUCGCCAAAGCUUGUGGAAAAGCUGGAUGUGCUCUCCUUGGAGGUGAAACAGCUGAAAUGCCUGACAUGUAUCCUCCUGGAGAGUAUGACCUGGCCGGUUUUGCCGUCGGUGCCAUGGAGAGGGAUCAGAAACUUCCUCACGUAGACAGAAUCAUGGAAGGGGAUAUGGUUAUUGGCAUAGCUUCAUCUGGUCUCCACAGCAAUGGAUUUAGCCUUGUAAGGAAAAUUGUAGAAAAAUCUUCCCUCCAAUACUCCUCUCCAGCACCUUAUGGUUGUGGUGACCAGACUUUAGGGCAAUUACUUCUAACCCCAACCAGAAUUUACAGCCAGACACUGUUACCUGUCCUACGUUCAGGACAUGUCAAGGCCUUUGCCCAUAUUACUGGAGGAGGAUUGCUAGAAAACAUUCCCAGAGUCCUGCCUCAUAAAUUUGGAGUGGAUUUAGAUGCCCGGGCCUGGAAGAUCCCCAGGAUCUUUUCAUGGUUGCAGCAGGAAGGGCACCUCUCUGAAGAAGAGAUGGCUAGAACAUUUAACUGUGGGAUCGGAGCUGCCCUUGUGGUACCCAAGGAUCUGACAGAGCAGAUUCUUAGGGAUAUUCAGCACCACAAAGAAGCAGCCUGGGUGAUUGGCAGUGUGGUUGCAUGUGCUGCAGAGUCCCCUCGUGUGAAAGUCAGACAUCUGGUUGAAAGCAUGCAGAUAAAUGGGUCAGUGUUGAAGAAUGACUCCCUGGAAAACCAUUUCUCUGUUCAACCGAAAAAGGCAAGAGUUGCUGUCUUAAUAUCUGGAACAGGAUCAAACCUCCAGGCACUCAUGGACAGUACUCAGGAACCAAACAGCUCUGCACACAUUGUUAUUGUUAUAUCCAACAAAGCUGCAGUGGCUGGGUUAGAUAAAGCAGAGAGAGCGGGUAUUCCCACCAGAGUAAUAAACCAUAAAUUAUAUAAAAGUCGUAUAGAAUUUGACAAUGCAAUUGACCAAGUCCUCAAAGAGUUCUCCACGGACAUAGUCUGUCUUGCAGGAUUCAUGAGAAUUUUAUCUGGCCCUUUUGUCAGAAAAUGGAAUGGGAAAAUGCUCAACAUCCACCCAUCCUUGCUCCCUUCUUUUAAGGGUUCAAAUGCCCAUGAGCAAGCCCUGGAAGCUGGCGUCACAGUCACUGGCUGCACCGUACACUUUGUAGCUGAAGAUGUAGAUGCUGGACAAAUUAUUUUACAAGAAGCUGUUCCAGUGAAGAGAGGUGACACUGUUGCAACUCUGUCUGAAAGAGUAAAAGUAGCAGAACAUAAAAUAUUCCCUGCAGCCCUCCAGCUGGUGGCCAGUGGAACAGUGCAGCUUGGAGAAAAUGGCAAGAUCUGUUGGGUCAAAGAGGAAUGA